CGCACAAGCGGGCAGUGUGACCGUCGGGGAAAAGGCCAAACUGAAACUCAGUUCGACGACGCGAAACCCAAAAAUUAAAAGCAAUUUUAUUGGACCUUGGUGCGGCAGUGUGCCACAUUUUCAGAGUCCGAAACGUCGCCAGUGACUCACUAGUUUCAAUAUCUGACUGCCAUCGGGCGCUCCAAAAUAUCUAGCCAGCUAGGGCCCCAUAGCCGUACCUAAAAUCGGAACAAAAGAGAAAUUUUUUGCGUGGUCACCAGUCGUGGUUUGUUCGGGAUUCACUAAACGCAAAUUCUGAGGCCAUGCAGUAAAAUGCAAUAGUUUAGAGCCGGAACAUAAACAAUUUGGUUCGCAGCAGGUGAAAGUCGGUCCGGAGAGUCAGGAGAAGAAGCGGCGGAAAAACUACGCCACAAACAAACAAAAACAGAGAGGAAAAACCAUUUCGUAGCAACUGCGCAUUGUUUCGCAACGGAUCCGCGAAAUGCCGGAAGAAGAGCCGCCACAGAAGCCCAUGGAGGAGGAGGAGGAUGAGGAGCAGGACCAGGAGCAGCAUCAGCAACCCCCGCAUCAGCAGGACAAUGUGCCAAGUCAACAGCAACAGCCGGUGGAGGACAAACCCGAGGAGCAGCCACAACAGCCGGCGGAGACGGUUGUGGUCGCCGAGUUAUCCGCCGAAGAGAUGCGUGCCCGUCGUCUUCGGACUUUGGCCGCCCGUAGUGGCAUCCAAGGUGCUUUGACGCCACUGACUCCCAGUCCUGAGAAGGCCUCACGCAAACAGACCAAUGUCUCUGGCGAGUCUCGACUGGUGCGCGAGGCCACGGCCAGCGACAAGGAGGUGUCCCUGCCUACGCCUACGCCCACGUCGACGCCCAAUCCAGCGCCCGCCUGGACUGAGUUGAGCGGCAAACCGGAUAUGGAUGUGGAGAUGAAGUCGGUGGCCUCGACACCAGUGCAAGACGUCGAAAUGACGCCAGUCCUCAGCCUGCCGGCAACGGAGGGCAUCAAACGGAGUGUGCUGCAGAGCUGCAAGAUCUCCGCUGGAAAUCAUGACCUGACCGUCGAGUCUGUGGGCAGCCCAACCAAGAGCGUGGAUGAGCAGAACGAGCACCUGCUCUCCCGCCUGUUGAAUGCCACCUGGAAUGAAUACGGCUGCGGUUCCAUCAUCUGUGCCCAGAGCGCCAGCUUCCUAGAGCAGCAGCCCAGCCGAAGAUUCGACUUUGAGUGCAUUGUGUCCAAUGUGCUGAUGGAGGCAGCGCUCAAGAUCUACAACGAUGAACUGAGCGAAGGAGAAGGCGGUCCCUCGCUGACGGACGACAAGGAGUUCUCCUCGGCCAAGAAAAUCAAGUCGGAUGACACGGAGGUGCAAGAGAUCCUGGCCAACGCGGUGGCCACGGGCGGUGCAGCAACCACCACUGAAGAAACGGCGGCCGGAGGAGCAGCUGGCCCCAUGGAGACGGCGAGUGCCGAGACUGGCGGUGUCUGCGUGGUGCCAUCGGUGCUUAGCAUCGUGACCACCACCAAGCACCAGGUGCUGCUCUACCUAAUCCGAUGCUACCAGAACUAUCAGACCGAGUGCUCCCGCAAGACGGCCCUCACGCAGCCAGCCCUGCAGCUGGCCUUCGAGCAGGUAAUGCGGAUGACCGUACUGGUGCUCACCGAUCGCAUACACCAGAAUCUCAACGGCCAUAUGGAUCAGUCGGCUCUCCUGGAGCUGAUGUACAUGGACAAGGUGAGCGAGUCCUUCAUCAUCGACCUGAUUGCCCAUACGCACCAGGAACGCGAUGCAUUCGACGCCAUUUUCAGCCAAGUGCUCCGUGGCCUCUUCGCCGGCAUGCAGCGCAACAUAUGCACUUCCAAGAUCAGUGUGCAGCAGAUCGAGUGGCUGGCCAAACUGGUGGUCAUCAAGGUGGGCAAUGUGCGACCCAUCGCCGAUCUCGUGUCCAGGCAGCCCAACUUUCUGCCGCCCAUCUGCACAAAGAUAUCCGGGCGGGAAAUAGUGAAGUGCAGCUUCCUGGGACCCUUCCUCUCUGUCUCGCUGUUCGCCGAGGAGAACGUCAAGUUUGCGGAAUUCAGCACCAAGAACAAACUUGAAGAUGCGGCCAGCUCGCGGUUGCGAUGGGAGCUCCACUCAAUGCGCACCCACAUGCACGUAGUUUUCCACUCGCUAUGCGUAAAUGCCAGCAGCCGUCCCAAGACGCUGGAGUACAUCUCAAAAAUCCUACGCCACAACGACCGCCGCGUGCAGUUUGCCAGCGACGAAAAACUGUUGGCCAGGGAUGGCUUUGUGAUCAAUCUGAUGAGCGUGCUGCAGCAGCUGUCGGUGAAGAUCAAGCUGGACCGCGUUGAGCCGAACUUCCACUACUACAAGAACUCCCUGGUCAACAUCGAACAGGACACGAAGAUUCGCUACAGCGAGGAGGAGUACCGACACUUCCUGGCCCGCGACUUCUCCCAGCCCGUGGAGAACCCCAACUUCCAGACGCAGUGCUGGUUCCUCACACUGCAGGCCCACCACUUGGGCUAUCUGCCCGCCAUCCAGCGCUACCGCCAGAAGGUGCGCGCCAUCAAGGAGCUGCAGAAGCUCAUCGACGAGCUGGACCGCACCAAGCCCCAUUGGGUCAACUCCCGCUACGCCAACCGUAAUAAUCAGUUCAAGGAGCGCUGGGAAAAGCAGCUCCGCAAGCUAAAUCGCUCGAAAACCUGCAGCGAGAUUACGCUGCUAGAUCCCGCCCUGCUCCAGCGCUGCACGGAGUUUUAUUCUACGGUCUGCGAGUUCAUGCUGUACCAGUUUGAGGGACGCCCGAUUGAGGGACCCUUCAUCUCCAAGCUGCCCGUGCAGCAGCUUAAGCCAACAGAUGCAUUUUCUGCACUGCCCGAGUGGUACAUCGACGACAUCGCCGAGUUCAUUCUGUUCACCAUGCAGCACGCCAACGUGGACAUACGUCAGGGCAUCGACCACUCGAUCAUCACCUGGCUGCUGACCUGCGUCUGCGCCUCGCACCUCAUCAAGAAUCCCUAUGUGACUGCCAAGCUAGUCGAGGUGAUGUUUGUGUUCUCUCUGAAGCCAGCCAACUCGGUCAACACAGCGAUGUGGAACCACGAGCUGGCCCAAAACGCCCUGGUCAGCGCCCUAAUGAGAUUCUAUGUGGACGUAGAGACAACGGGCCAAAGCACUGAGUUUUACGAUAAGUUUACCAUAAGAUACCAUAUUAGCCAUCUGUUCAAGUCCAUGUGGGAGAACCCCAUCCAUCGGCAGGCCGUAAUCUGUGAAUCGAGGGUGGGCAAUCAGUUUGUAAAGUUCGUCAAUAUGCUGAUGAACGACACCACUUUUUUGCUGGACGAGUGCUUGGAGAACCUAAAGCGCAUCCAUCUGACCCAGCAGCUGCUGUCGGACAAGGCGAACCUCAGCAAGAUGAGCGCGGAGCAGCAGCAGAGCCGACUCACCCAGCUGGCAACGGACGAGCGCCAGUGUCGCUCGUACUUAACUCUGGCCCGCGAGACAGUCGAUCUGUUUCACUAUCUGACGAGCGACAUUAAGGAACCGUUCAUGCGCGCCGAGCUGGUGGAUCGCCUCAGCUCCAUGCUGAACUUCAAUCUGAAGCAGCUGGCCGGGCCCAAGUGCAACGACCUGAAGGUCAAGAACCCGGCCAAGUACGGCUGGGAGCCACGCAGCCUGCUGGCUCAGAUCUUCGACAUAUAUCUGCACCUGGACUGUGAUAGAUUCGCCGAGGCCCUGGCCGCCGACGAGCGCUCCUUUGACGUGCAAAUCUGCAAUGAGGCAGCGUCGAGAAUCAAGCGUCUGGCCCUCCGAUCGGCGGUCGAGGUGGAGCGCUUCAAGGCGCUCACACAGCGAGCCCACGAAAUCUAUGUUACCAACCAACAGACUGAAGAUGAAUGCGCCGACGCGCCCGAUGAGUUCAAGGAUCCGCUGAUGGACACCCUCAUGUCGGACCCAGUGGUGCUUCCCUCCGGCACGGUGAUGGACCGGGCGAUAAUCACCCGGCAUCUGCUCAACAGCUGCACCGAUCCGUUCAACCGCCAGCCCCUCACCGAGGACAUGCUGGUGCCGAACAUCGAGUUGAAGCAGCGCAUCGACGCCUGGCGCAAGGAGCAACGCGGCAAGCGGAACAACAGCUAAGCCGCCCCCUUUAAGUUCCCAAACCGGCCACGCCCCCUCCCUCGUACCCCAUACAACUACGCCUAGGACUAGUUUAAUGUGCAGUUUUAGUGUCUACCUAUCUUCUACAUAUAAUUAUAAAUAUUCUUUGUGCAGGAUUUAGUUUAUUUGCGGCGUCCCAACUUUAGGGUGGACCGCAAGUAUCAAUAAUCAGUAAUCGCCGCUCCCCGAUAAGGAGUCCGGCUAAUUUAGAUGUUUGAAAAAUAUGGAAAAUUUCGCAAAUGUUUCCUUUGUUUUACUUUUCGGUCGCAAAAAAAAAAAACGACAGAAUAUCGAAUUGUUCGUUUACCCUAAUCGUUGUGUGGGUCUUUGGUGAUUUACAAAAAAUUUGAAUUUAUUUGCAAUUGGAUUCACAAAUAAAAAUAAUGAACAAAAAAAAA